UAUCAGUCUAUGUGACUGUAAGUGCUGUCGAAGGAGCGUCUAGCAGCCUUGAUCAUACAUGACGCAAAAUAGAAUAUCAGAAUGUAUAACAAUGGAGUCACCUAAGACUUGGUACGAUAAACUCCUUCUUUCAAUUUAUUAUGGCUUGGAGGAAAAAGACAAGGACGUCUUUCAGUUUUGGUUUCGACACGACAAUUCAAUGACUGCCAUACUUUUGGAACAGCGAAAACCAUUGGAAUGGUUUAAAAGUCUUGAACAAAAUAUGAAACUUACCUAUUAUAACGUGUCCAUAUUGAAAGAGUUUCUCAACGAUACGAGACGUUAUGAUUUGGUAUUUCUGGUUGACGAAUAUGAGGCAAGGAUAUCUAUCCUCAAUUUCUUUCGACAGCACUUGAUGAAAUUACAGCAUAUGCGUCAACUAGACGAAAUGUUUGAGGACAAAUGGAAAAAAAAGAAAAACAUACCGUUGGAUUUUGUCCAAGGCAGUCACAAGCUACUCCGUGAUGUAGGAAAGUCUUGCGAAGUACCUUUAAAUAAAAUACGAAGUUGUUUCUCCAAAGCAGUUGUUCUUUUAAAGAAGAGUUGCUAUGAAGAUGAUUUAACUUUAGCAUCUUCCAAGCUUAUCUUCUUGACGAACCUAUUUCAAUCAAGAUUUAAAGAUUUUCUCAUGAAAGAUGCAAAUAUGUUAAACAUAGAGCCUUUGAGUUCUGGAAAGUUCAAGGCACUCGAUUGCUCUCGUAGACGAGCUUGUACUCGACGACGUAGAAGACACGCCGCUGUCGAAACUCAAAGAUCAGUACGUGGUAAAAGGGAAGUUAUUCACUCUUAUUUUAGGGAUUGCUGGUCGAAACUGAUGAGAUUACUUCCACUUGCUUUAAGUUUAUUAUGGCUAUGUAAGCCUAUGUUGUAUGUGGAGUCUAUAAUAUUGAAUUUAUUUUGCCAAGGCAGGUUGCACCAAUCCGAGAUAGUGUUGUCAUUUUGCAAGUAUAUUACAUUUUCUUCAUGAAAAAGAUAUUGCUAUCUUUGAAUGAACUUUUAAAUUGGAUGAUCCUGAGAUAAUUAAAAUUUCGCCAUUUUCUAGAUGGCACUAUCCAGGUUACUUGCAACCAGCCUGAUGCUUUCAUGUUUGAAAAUUUCGUGAGUUUAUCAAAAUGGGCAUGAAAAUAGUUGACGUUUAGUACAUUCGUCUACGUAUUUCUGGAUGAAAUAGAAAAACAAGAUAAGAUGCUAAUUCUUGACUUUUAAAAAAGUGAUAUUAAUGUUGACACUCGAUUAUUUUUUAUCAGUUUCAAUAUUGAUUUCCUUAAGAUUUGCUUCCAUGAGACUUUUCUGUUAAAGUAAUCAUGGAGCUCUUUGUUAAAACAUUUUCAAAGUACAUAUGUUGAAUUGGAUAAGCAUUUUUGACUAUAACUUUGUUGAUCAUUAAAAAAUUAAUACAAUUUAACUGUUAUGGGCUAAGAGUCAAACCAAAAAAAAUAAAUUCAAAAGAAUUACUGUCAUGGGUUAAGAUUUAAAUCAGGAUAAAUUAUGAAAAUUUAACCAAUAUAAAUCAAGACAUUAAACAUCUCCGAAAAAAAUUUAUGAAGAUCUAUGUCAAAAUGAAUAUCUUUUUCAUAAGUAUUACAUGUGAGAUAGCAAAGGCUACGUUUUUGGGAUGUCACGGUCUCAAUUUUGUUGCACAAAGAACAUGAUGGAUGGGUUGAGUCCCCUUUCUUGUUCACUUGUUGUGAUGCUCAUUGUUUCCUUGUUUUACUGGUAUCAGUAAAACUAUGAUGAUAGAAGGAAGAUAUGAAGCAAGCCAUACAAUUUAUGUUUGUGCAUAAUGUUCAAACAUUUUUAUUGAUUGAAUGCAAAAAUAGGCAAGUUUGCCUCAAUUGUACAAAAUUGUGCAUUGAGGUGACAUUUUUGAAAAUUACACUGAGUCCUAGUGGUACAAAGUUGCAAAUAAAUAACAUAAAGUAAUAAGAUUGAGCAAACACAAUUCAUACUACAAAAUGUUAAUAUAGUGUAAUGAAAAAGACUUUAAGUAAUUACAUUUAAUAUGAAUGCAACAUUGUUCAAUCGGAGAGAUUGUUCAAGAAAAAUAUGCAAGUAUGUGUUGAUAUCUUAAAUUGAUAUCACAUUUAGCACAUGAUAUGUAGAAAAUUACCGCUAAUUUUGGCAUUAUUGCUGCUAACUUUGGCAUUAUUUACUCUAAUUAUUUGUCAAGUAUAGCAAUGGACAUUGGACACUAUAAUGCAACACAUAUUUUUUCAGUAAAUAUUAUGAUUAUAGUUUAGAUUUUGAUUUAGUACUGACUUGAAUUUGACAGAACAAGUAAUGGAAUAUGUUGUCAAUUAAACAGGUGUUUAAAUAAAAUUUUUUGUAGGUUGCCUAUUCUUAAAAAAAUGCACCAGCAUCCCAUUUUUUAUAAUUUUCUAUAAAAUUAUGGGUUCACAAGUUGAAUUUGAAACCCAUGUCAAAGAAAACUAAAAUUGAUAAGAGAAAUAACUCGGACGUUUCAUGUACAUACAAUUUUUUUGCUUGUUCUGAAAAUCAGUCUGUCUGCCUAUUGUAAAUCUAAUGUGUAAAAUGCUUUGUUUAAUGAUGCAAUAAUCUCAAGGCAAAAAUCAUGUGAUUAAAGUAGUUAGUAAUCGUGUAAUUGAUGUAAUUUAUUUAAUAUUACAUUUUUACUAAAUAAACAUUUCACAAACGCU